UCUUAUUCAAGGUGUCCAUGUGAACCAGGAAGACAGGUGUAUGCGUACAGACAGCAGCUUGUGGACAUGUCGAUCAGCCGGGGAAACUGGUCUAAUCUCUCCAGGAUGGCCCAGCAGUGGAUUGAAGAUGAUGAAGAGGAAAUAGUACGAGAAAAGAGGAGAAGAAAUCGUGAAGGAUCAACCACAACCAAAGUAAUGGAAGUAUUUCCUGAGACAAGCAGUUCACAGCCCGUUUCUUCAGCUGUAAGCCCCAAGGAAAAGAAGGAGUUAUUAAAUGAAAAGGAACCGGAAAACUUCCAAGCUCAAAAUGAAGAAAAGGCUGAAACACCUAAGCAACACAAUGAAGGCAACAAGCUAACCAGCACUGGAGUAGACAAGAUCAAGGUAUCUACUACUGAGACACAGGAGGUAAAACAACCAAAGAGUGCUACACAAGAGAAACAAAAGGUGACAAGUAUAAAAGAAGAAAACCAGAACCAUGGUACAACAAGUAAUAAUAUCCCGAAUCAAACAGAAAGCAUAACAUCUAUUAGCCAAAAGCAAAGUAUCUCAUCUAAAAAUCAACAGUGUUUAGAGCCUGAAAGCGUAAAAGGAACAUUACACAAUAAUCAGAAUGUAAGAAGACUUAACCAAAAAUUUAGUAACUGGAAAGAAGAAGACCACACAGUAAAGGUCCAGAAGGCACAGCUUCAAAAAAACAGCUCUCAAACCUACAAAAGGCUUGAAGAGGAGAAAACAGACAUACCAGAUAGUAAGGCACAAGACCACCCAACACAAGGGAAGAAUUCCAGUGGCCCAAUCAGUGACCCAGUGAGUACUACACCUUCAGAACCACAAAAUGAAACAAACACUUCAUCCAGUCAUGGGAGUCAGUCCAAGUACACGACUCAGGUGUUUGUUAGUUCACAGCCAGUUUCUUCAGCUGUAAGCCCCAAGGAAAAGAAGGAGUUAUUAAAUAAAAAGGAACCGGAAAACUUCCAAGCUCAAAAUGAAGAAAAGGCUGAAACACCUAAGCAACACAAUGAAGGCAACAAGCUAACCAGCACUGGAGUAGACAAGAUCAAGGUGUCUACUACUGAGACACAGGAGGUAAAACAACCAAAGAGUGCUACACAAGAGAAACAAAAGGUGACAAGUAUAAAAGAAGAAAACCAGAACCAUGGUACAACAAGUAAUAAUAUCCUGAAUCAAACAGAAAGCAUAACAUCUAUUAGCCAAAAGCAAAGUAUCUCAUCUAAAAAUCAACAGUGUUUAGAGCCUGAAAGUGUAAAAGGAACAUUACACAAUAAUCAGAAUGUAAGAAGACUUAACCAAAAAUUUAGUAGCUGGAAAGAAGAAGACCACACAGUAAAGGUCCAGAAGCCACAGCUUCAAAAAAACAGCUCUCAAACCUACAAAAGGCUUGAAGAGGAGAAAACAGACAUACCACAUAGUAAGGCAGAAGACCACCCAACACAAGGACAUAUUUCCAGUGGUCCAAUCAGUGACCCAGUGAGUACUACACCUUCAGAACCACAAAAUGAAACAAACACAUCAUCCAGUCAUGAGAGUCAGUCCAAGUACAAGACUCAGGUGUUUGUUAGCUCUGUGAAAAUUCCACGGCGUACUAGUAGCAGCUGUAGUAUCAAAAGUCCUGUGCCAGAAGCAAUUGAAGAAGAACCAUUUCCAGAGAACAAAGCAGUAAAAUCCGAAGUCUUCGUUUCGGCUGUGUCCAGCUCAAAUCUAAACAGCAAACAAGACAGCCAUCCUAGUUUUCAGCAGACAUCAACAUCCUUUGUACGGCUUGGUCCUCUCAGCAGCUCUGUUCGAGUAAAGUCUCAGCAGAGUGAAGAUGACAAGGGUGACAGUGGUUUCACACGCAGAUCCAGCUUAAGGUUAUCUCUAAGAAGUCGAAAAAUAGAAGAUCGAAUGGAAAAAUACAAUUCAGCUAUACAGAGAUCAGCAAGUGUCAGGUUACCACCUUCUCACAGUCGAGGAGCUGUUGUUGCUUCAGAUGGAGUUGCCAAUAAAAGAAGUAUCUUUGAAAAGGAUGAGGAAAACUCAGAAAAAUCAAACAUGUCCCGAAAGGAUUUAACACUUUCUGGAUCUAUUACGUCACGCAUCAACCAAUGGAGUAACAAGCCGCAACAAAGUUCAAGCACUGUUACGAGCACAAAGGAUGUCAAAACAGGUGAUGUAGCCACAAAAAGAAUGUUGUGGCAACAGAGAUCCCAGUCUUCAAGUGACACCAAGCUCUGAGAUCAAAAGACUCUGCCUAUUACAAACAAGGAAUUAUGCCAAUAUGAUCAAACCAUAUCCUAGAAGAUUCUAUCCUCAGAGUACAUUUACACUUACAGUUUUACUUUGUUAUUAAAUUACCUCAGUUGUCUUUGUCUGGAAGCAUCUCUUCUUCUUCUAUUGUACAUCCGAUUUCCCUCUUGAAUAUACCAAAAUAAAAUAAAUUCAAAAUG